AUGAAUUAAUCUUCUGAUUUAGAUAUCAAAUGCCCGAAUCCAGAACAUAAUAAGAAUGCGAUAUUGGUGUGUUUUGAUGAAUCUUGCACAGGAUAGAGAUUAUAUUGUCAUUAAUGUGUAAAAAUUGGAAUCCAUGUUUCUCAUCUUGAAUAUUAAGAAGAGUUGCCAUUUAUAUUUGAACAUAUUAAAUGCGUUGAAAAAGAGAGUAGUUGUUUAAUUGAUAGAAUAAAUAAAUAAAUGGCUUUGAUUGAUCAAAAUUUUUAUUUAUUAAUUGACGGAAUUAGAUCUAAAUACUAAAUAUCUAAAUAAUAAUUACUUAAAUUAAAUUCAGAAUAACUUAAUUCUUUCUUAUCAAUAAGUAUUAAUUUCAGAUAAUUUGAAUCCAAAAUCCAAAAUUUGCUUGACCAACUCACCAAUAAAUUUUCAAAUCAAAUAUAACAGUUAUUGAUUGAUUUACAUUUAUCCGAAUUAAGUUAUCAUCAAAUACCUCAAAUAAAUCUUAAUAUAUCAGACGAGUUGAAUUAAAAUAGGUACUAGAUUAAUAAUUUAGGAUAUAAUUAAAGAAUUGGUGAUAAAAUAUAAGAGAAUAAGAUGAUCAAAGAAAUAAUGAUGAAGAAAUAAUAAGGAUUUUUAGAAGAAUAUGGAAAAUUAGACAUUUGCUAUGUGAUCGAUUGUACGAAGUAUUCAUUUAUUAAAUAAUCAUAAAUAGAUCCAUGGAACCUUACAUUGAGCAGGUAAGAGGCUGUAUUUAAGAAUCCUUUACUGCUGUCAAAUUGAAGACAAAUAGAAAUCCAAUUUUAUCUUCGAUUGCCUACUAUGAUAUUGAAUAGAAACCUGAAAAUGGAAAAUAUCAUUAAUUUGAAUUCUCAAACAAUAUUUAAGACUUAAGAAAUUUUAUUUAAGAAGUUCCAAUAGUAGGAGGCCGAGAUAUACCAGAAGAUGUUAGAGGAGCUUUAGAAUAGAUGAUUACAAAUCUUAAGUGGAAGAAUAAAUUUAAGGUAGCAAUAUUAAUUACUGAUUCUCCAUGCCAUGGAAGAAAAUAUCAUAAUUUCCCUGGUGAUUUUCACAAGGAUGAUGACAUCACUGAAACUCUUCAUCGCUUGAUAGAACAAUAGAUCAUCCUAAUAGGUUUUAAUUUGAAUGAUAAAACAAUUAAAAUGUAUCAAUAAUUUCAAAAGAUUUAUGAAGCAAAAAAUGCUGAAGAUUUUUUUGUAUAUGUUGAUGCUAGUGGUUUUGAAAUUAAAAAGUUGGCCUAGUAAAUAGCGGAAUCUCUAGGAAGAGCUUCAGUAAAUGCUACUUAAAUAAAUUUGAAAGGAACGAAAUCAAAAAAGCAAUUCAAAGAAAGUUCAAAGAAUAAUGAUUGUGCUAUUGAAGCUUUAUUUAAAGUAGGAGAUUUUUAUAAUUUUGAAAAAUAGAGUAAAGUAGUUAAUAAUUUGUUUACAGUUUUAAAUGUAACAAUAAAUGAUUCGGUUUUUGUUGAAAAUUUAUUAUCAAUUAAUUAGAUUGGAAAAAACCCAUAAAAGGAUUACUUAAUCAAAGUAGAAGGAUAAUGGGAUUGUAUUAGAACUGAAUUUCCAUAUGCUUUUGGAAGAAUAAAUGACAUUUAUUUAAUGAAAGACAAGAAAGGAGAAAUAUAUUUAAUAAAAAGACCUCUUGGAAACAAGUCAUAUCUAUCUUAAUAUAAGGCUAUAAAAAAAUGCAGAUCUCACUUGAUAUGCUAACACUUAAUGAAAAAAUUUAGAGCUGAUGUUGAAGAAGCUUUAGAGUAAAAGAAUUGUCAUAAUCUUAAAUUUCCUAAUGUGGUCUAUAAUGACUGCUUGAUUUUAAUGGAAAGCAAAAGUAUUUAAACACUUUUAAUCUUUAGACAAAUUUUGGAUUGCAGAAAGAAUUUUCAAGGGUGAAUUUGUAAAAUAUAAUAACAAUUAUGGCUAUAUUAAUGAAGAUAUUACAGAAUUAAAUAAAUUUGCUCAAGCGUUCUCAUAUUAUACAUUCUUUCUUAGUAAAGGAUUAUACAUGAUAAAUGAUGUUUAAGGAGUUGGCAUUAAUUUUACUGAUCCUGCUAUAAAUACAAGCACAGGUAAAGUUUAUUGAUAUUAUGAGGUGAUUUUGAUGAUACUGAUUUAGGAUAAGAAGGAUAAGGUAUGUUUCUAGUAAAUUUUCAAUCCAAAAUUGGGUUAGCAUCUGAAAUUUUAGAACUUUUAAAUUUGCAAAAUGAAUUUUGA